AUGGGUUCUAUCGUCGAUAUCGUGGACCGAUUGCAGCCAUACGCAGAGCUAAUUACUCCACUAGACUUUAGUUUUUUACAUGGCCACGUUAACAAUCUGUCGGCUUCUAUAGGUCUCGGCAGUGAUCAGCUCCGCUAUGUCUUGUGUCUCUUUGCUGCAUACCCACUUGCUGUCGUGUACAAGCUGCUACCGAACGCCAGUCUCAAGCACAUGAUGGAUGUAGCUGUGGGUCUCUCUAUGGCUCAGUUCGUACUGGGUUCAGGCUGGAUCCAUUCGUUUAUCUCGAGCUUUUUGACGUAUCUAUUGGUCAAAUUCGGACCACCAAAACAUGCACCAAGUAUCGUGUUUCUCUUCAAUAUGCUAUACAUGUCGGCAUCACAUAUCUACCGUCUUUAUGUGAACUACAUGGGCUGGACACUGGACUUUACGGGGCCUCAGAUGCUGCUGGUUAUUAAGCUCACGAGUUUUGCUUACAAUUACUAUGAUGGUGUGGUGGACAAGACCUUUGAAAAGAAGGGUGACGGAAUGUCUCCUAGCAAAAAGAAAGUGUACGAAAGCCGCCAAAAGCUUGCAAUCCAAGAGAUUCCGAGCUUGUUAGAGUUUUUUGGAUACGUCUACAGCUUUACGACAUUCUUAGCUGGACCGGCCUUUGAGAUCCGCGAGUACUUGGACGUUACCACUGGCAAGAAAUUCCUUCUAAAUGGAAAGAACAAACAGCCGUCUAGUGUACUGGCUGCCUUCUCCAAAUUCUUAGUGGGCUCACUGCUUAUGGCAGCGUUUGCCGUGUACGGACCUAUGUACCCGCUGUCAAACCUGCAUGAUCCUAAGGUUGCGAAUCUCCCGAUACUGCUUCAGAUCUGGAAAUUGUACAUUACGCUCAUCUUUUGUAAGGCCAAGUACUACUCCGCCUGGAAGAUUGCAGAAGGUGCUACAGUACUGUGUGGCUUCGGUUUCGAGGGCUUCAGCAAGGAUGGCUCUAGCCUUGGCUGGAACGGUGUAAGCAACAUGGACAUUCUGGGCUUUGAAUUCUCGCAGAGUAUUCGCGCUGCUUCUCGAGCAUGGAACAAGGGCACCCAAAACUGGCUGGAGCGUUAUGUGUACACUCGCACGGGCAACUCUCUCAUGGCCACGUACUUCAUCUCGGCCUUCUGGCACGGCUUUUACCCAGGCUACUACCUGUUCUUUAUGAGUCUGCCGCUAGCUACGGCUGUGAACCGCUUGGCUUUCAAACGUCUUCGUCCGCACUUUAUUGAGGCUGAUGGAUCGUUUGGAAUUAAGAAGACGAUUUAUGACAUUUUGAGCUACCUGAUGACGCUAUUCGGAAUGCAUUACUUUGUGAUGCCUUUCCAGGCGAUGUCGUGGGAGAAUUCGCUGGUCUCGCUGAAGAACACUUACUUUGUCGGACACGUUGCUGCUAUCGUGCUUUACGUCGUCUUUUCCGCCCUCCCGACACCGAAGCCCAAAACGAAAACCAAUUAG